AUGAUCCUCAAGCCAUUCUACGCUGUGAGAGACGCUUUGUGGGGGAAACCUCCAUCUGACCCAAAAGAAGCCAAGUUAUUGUUCAAGAUCGAUGUUCUCGUGCUUUCUUUCACUUGUCUUUGCUACUGGUCCAACUACCUUGAUAGAACCAACUUUGCCAACGCUUAUGUCUCUGGUAUGGCCGAGGCCGUCGGAAUGAAGGGUGACGAUUAUAAUAUCGUCAACACCUGUUUCACUGUCGGUUACACCAUCGGGAUGCUCCCAAAUAACAUUGCCCUUUUGAAGCUUAAGCCUCGGUACUGGAUGUGUUUCUGUAUGAUUGCCUGGGGUUUACUCGUCCUUGGUAUGUACAAGGUCACCAGUUACCGUCAACUUUGUGUCAUCAGAUUCUUCCAAGCUAUUUUUGAAUCGUCUACAUUCAGUGGUACCCAUCUUAUUCUUGGUAACUGGUAUAAAGAGACCGAAUUGACUAAACGUUCUGCGGUGUUCACCUCUUCUGGGUUGAUCGGGUCGAUCUUUUCAGGGUUUAUGCAAUCGGCAAUCCACACCAACUUGGAUGGCAGAAAUGGUCUUGCUGGUUGGCAAUGGUUGUUCAUCAUUGAUUUCAUCAUCACCAUGCCUAUUGUGGUUUACGGUUUCUUCUUCUUCCCUGAUUAUCCAAGCAAUUGUUCCGUGUUCUUCCUCAGCGAGGAAGAAAAGCAAUUGGCGAUCGAUAGAUUACCACCACGGGCCGAAACCAAGUUCGAUUUGUCGGUGGUCAAGCGGGUGGUUGGUAGAUGGCAUUGGUGGUUAUUCUCUAUCCUUUGGAUGUUUGCCGGGGAAAACGAAUCUUUUGGUAUCAACAGUCUUUUCGCAUUAUGGUUAAAAUGGGCUGGAUAUAGCAUUUCUGAUAGAAACAACUAUCCUAUGGGGAUAUACGCCGUGGGGAUUGUCGCCACGUUUGCCAGUUCACUUUAUGUUGAUUUAACCGGUGCUAGAUACCACUGGCACAUUGCAUUGUUGAUCUUUGUCUUCAUGAUCAUUUCCGUGAUCUUGACUCUUGCAGCUCCAUUGAACACUGCCGCGGUGUUUGUGGCCCAAUACUUUUCUGGGGUAUCGUUUGCUGGCCAGGCCGUGUAUUUUGCUUGGGCCAACGUGGUGUGUCAUAAUGAUUUGGAAGAAGCAGCGAUUACUUUGGCCAGUAUGAACAUGUUUUCCAAUGCCGUCAACGCUUGGUGGUCGAUCUUGUUCUUCAAGGCCACUUAUGUUCCAAAGUGGAAGCACAGUUGUUACGCGAUGAUCGCCACUCUUUGUGUCAGUGUUAUCGUUGCAGCAGCUAUCAGAUUCUUACAAUUGAAAGAGGAAAAAAUGGCCGAAAAGGUGGUUGAUGAUGAGAGUGUUGAACAGGUGGCAGUGGCCGUUGAAGAAAAAAGACAUCUUGAAUGA